CGCCCGCUUUAAUUGGCUUUUUUUUUUUUUUUUUUUUAUGCCAAGGGUAAUGAAAUGGUGAAGAGGGUAGGGGGAAAACCUGGAAAGCCAAGCGAGUAGGAAAUCAGGCGCGGCGGCAGAGGCGGCAGGCAGGCAGGAUCCAGGGCCGGGCCGGACGCCCCGUCGGGGGCGGUGAGCGCGGAGCCCCGGGGCCGCCGGGGCAGCGGCGGCGUUCCCGGCAACUUGUGCGGGAGAUUGUGGCGCUUCAGGAAACAGCGGUGGGGUACAGACCUCCCAAGCGGUUUCCAGCUGGCGUCUGACGGCAGUAGCUCAACUUGGUCCGUCUUCCUGUCCCUCAUUGCCGGCUACCUUCCAGCUGCAGCCCCUUAGUUCCCACCAGGAGCUCCGGCAGCCGUCCCGGGCAGAGACACGGGCUCCUGGACAGCUGCAAAUCCUCUGCGAGGCGGGCGGAGCAGGCAAGCACAGAGGCGACGCACCCACCCGAGGCUGGCACACAACAUCAGGGAAAGUUUUGACGGGCGAAGGACCUGGCAGGCUGGGGAGGAGGCGAGGAGAGCCGGGCUGAGCUGCAGGCGCUGCGAGGGUGGCCCCUGUGUGGGGGUCCCUUCCUCCGCCCGAGGGGCGCCGGUGCCCGGCGCGGAGCGGGGCGCAUGGGGCGGCGUUUCAGGAGGCUCUCGGCUGCUCCUUGCUCCCCCGCCGGAUGCUGCCUGAGCUGUUUUGGCUGUUUUUCUUCGCCGGCGAUGAAGGCUCUGCCUUGAAGAUGGACAUGAUCUGUUUUUUAUUCCUGUCUCUGGUGCCGGUGUACAGCAGGGGACAAGGGGUGUACGCUCCUGCUCAGGCCCAAAUCAUCCAUGCUGGGCAGGCAUGUGUGGUGAAGGAAGACAACAUCAGCGAACGUGUUUACACAAUUCGGGAGGGGGACACGCUGGUCCUGCAGUGCCUGGUCACAGGACACCCCCGGCCACAGGUGAGAUGGACCAAAACUGCUGGCAGCGCGUCGGACAAAUUCCAAGAGACGUCAGUGCUUAACGAGACCCUUCGGAUUGAGAAGAUCCAAAGGCUGCAGGGGGGCCGCUAUUACUGUAAAGCAGAAAAUGGGGUUGGGGUCCCUGCCAUCAAGUCCAUUCGAGUAGAUGUGCAGUAUCUAGAUGAACCUGUUCUCACCGUUCACCAGACCAUCAGUGAUGUACGUGGCAGCUUCUACCAGGAGAAGACCGUCUUCCUCCGCUGCACAGUCAACUCCAACCCCCCAGCUCGCUUCAUCUGGAAACGGGGAGCUGAGACACUUUCUCACAGUCAGGACAAUGGUGUGGACAUCUACGAACCCCUUUACACACAGGGUGAAACCAAAGUCCUGAAGCUGAAGAACCUUCGACCUCAGGAUUAUGCCAGCUACACGUGCCAGGUGUCUGUCCGCAAUGUCUGCAGCAUCCCUGACAAAUCCAUCACCUUCCAGCUCACAAACACCACAGCCCCACCUGCUCUGAAGCUGUCUGUCAAUGAGACUCUGGUGGUCAACCCUGGUGACAACAUCACCAUGCAGUGCUCUCUGACGGGCGGUGACCCACAGCCAGAAGUGGUUUGGUCCCACUCUCCUGGCCCAAUGCCUCCCAACAGCCUUGUGCAAGGAGGCAACCUCACCAUCUGGAGGAUCCGCGUGGAGGACUCGGGCUACUACAACUGCACGGCCAUCAACAAUGUGGGGAACCCGGCAAAGAAGAUUGUGAACCUGCUGGUGCGGUCCAUGAAGAAUGCCACAUUCCAAAUCACUCCUGAUGUGAUCAAAGAGAGCGAGACCAUCCAGUUAGGGCAGGACUUGAAGCUCUCAUGCCAUGUAGAUGCUGUCCCCCAGGAGAAGGUUGUCUAUUCAUGGUACAAGAAUGGAAAACCAGCCAGGUUCUCAGACCGCUUGCUCAUCACCCGCAACGACCCCGAGCUCCCACCUGUGACCUGCAGCUUGGAGAUUAUUGACCUGAGAUUCAGUGACUAUGGCACCUACCUGUGUGUGGCUACCUUCCAGGGAGCACCCAUUCCUGACCUCAGUGUGGAGGUGAACAUCUCCUCAGAGACAGUGCCACCAACAAUCAGUGUCCCUAAGGGUCAGUCUGCCAUCACCGUGCGGGAAGGCUCCAGGGCCGAGCUGCAGUGCGAGGUUCGGGGAAAGCCGAAGCCGCCCAUCAUCUGGUCCCGGGUAGACAAGGAAGCCCCCAUGCCUUCAGGGACAAUGACAAUGGAGACAUAUGAUGGGAAGCUGCACCUGGAGAGUGUGAGCCGAGAAAUGAGCGGGACCUAUAAGUGUCAGACAGCCAGGUACAAUGGAUUUAACAUCAGACCCCGGGAAGCCCUGGUGCAGCUCAACGUGCAGUUCCCGCCCGUGGUGGAGCCGGCCUUCCAGGACGUGCGGCAGGGCAUGGGGCACAGCGUCACCCUGCGCUGCACCAUGCUCAAGGGCAGCCCCAUGAAGGUGGCCACCUCCGUCUGGCGCUUCAAUGGGAGCCUCCUGGCGCAGCCCCUGGCAGAGCAGCAGGACUACUCGGAGCUCAAGGUGGACAGCGUCAGCCGGGAGACCAGCGGGAGCUAUGAGUGCAGCAUUUCCAACGACGUGGGGGUCUCUGCCUGCCUCUUCCAGGUGUCUGCGAAAGCUUAUAGCCCAGAGUUUUACUAUGACACUCCCAACCCCACCUUGAGCCAGAAGCAAUCCAAGAAUUACUCUUACGUCUUGCAGUGGACCCAGAAGGAGCCGGAUGCUGUGGAUCCCAUCCUCAAGUACCGCCUGGAAGUCCGGCAGCUGUCUCAGAGAAACACCAUCCAAACCUUCAUUCCUGUGAAGAAAAUGGAGAAAGGCCUGUUGCUGGAGCACAUCUUACCCAACCUGAAAGUGCCUCAGAGCUAUGAAGUUCGCCUGACGCCCAUCACCAGCUUUGGGGCUGGGGAUAUGGCUGCCCGCGUCAUCCGGUACAUGGAACCAAUCAACUAUCCCAAUCCAACAGAUAACACCUGCCGCUUUGAGGACGAGAAGAUCUGCGGCUUCGUGCAGGACAAGAUGGACAACUUUGACUGGACGCGGCAGAACGCCCUGACGCAGAACCCCAAGCGCACCGUCAACACGGGGCCCCCCACGGACAUCAGCGGCACGCCAGAGGGUUAUUACAUGUUCAUCGAGGCGUCCCGGCCCCGGGUGACAGGAGACAAAGCCCGGCUCAUCAGCCCCCUGUACAACAUCACUGCCAAGUAUUACUGUGUCUCCUUCUACUACCACAUGUACGGGAAGCACAUAGGCUCCUUGAACCUGCUAGUUCGCGUGCGGAACAAGCGAGCCAUCGACACACAGGUCUGGUCUCUCAGUGGGAAUCGGGGCAAUGUGUGGCAGCAAGCACAUGUCCCCAUCAACCCGCCUGGGCCCUUCCAGAUCAUCUUUGAAGGUGUCCGGGGCACAAGCUACGAGGGGGACAUUGCCAUCGAUGACGUCACUCUGAAAAAGGGAGACUGCCCAAGGAAGCCAAUUGGACCAAAUAAGGCUGUUGCUCUUCCAGGAAGCAGUGUCCCAGCCCUGCACAGCCCUUGGCUUUGUGGCCCAUUGACUUUCUUCCUUUACGUGCUGCUGAGAUGAUGGCAAGUGAGCGCUCCUGUCUUCGGACCAAGACAUUCCUGCUCCUUUCCUAUUCAGCCACCUCUGCUCCUCUUCCUCCCCUCCUCACUGGCACACCAAAGUGUCCAUAUGUUACCAAAGACUGACAGGCAUGACCAUGCAAAGGGAUCUGGUUCAGAACUGGAGCACUCCUUGAGAAAGUCAUAAUGUCUAGAACAAAAUUUAAAAAUAAAGACAAAACUUUUUUAAAAAGCACGUGCACGAGAGAGAGUGAUAGAGGGAGAGGGGAAGGAAAGAAACACAUAUGGAGAAAGAAGGAAUGAAA